AUGUCCUUCAACUCCUCAUGCUCCGACCAGCAGCGCAAGAACGUCAUGUCUGAGCUACACAGCAGCGAGCCAGAGCUGCGGCUCCUCUACACAACGCCCGAGAGCCUGCUCAAGCCGGCGCUGCGGGAGGCGCUGGUGGAGGCUUGCGCCAGCGGCACCCUCUGCGCCUUCGCCAUCGAUGAGGCUCACUGCAUCAGCGAGUGGGUGAGCUGCCUGCUAUCUACGCCCUGGCCACUCGUGUACGCCCACGACCGCCUCGGGCACGUGCGCUGCGUUGCUGACGUGGUCAACUGCGACCUGUCCUCCGUCUGUGACCCUGAUCCCUGCUGCUUGCCUGCCUGCCCUUCCAACAUCGGCGUGCCAUCGGUGCCGCCCGCCCUCACCCUGACCCCUGUGCAGGGCCACGACUUCAGGCCCGCAUACCUGCAGCUCGCCUCGCUCAAGGCCGACUUCCCAGGCAUCCCAAUCGCCGCCAUAACGGCCAGCGCCACGCCGCGCGUCCAAGAGUCCAUCGUCCGUUGCCUCGGGCUGUCGAAGCCCCAGAUCAUCGCAGCCUCGUUCAACCGCCCGAACAUCGAGCUGACCGUGCGCCAUAAGGCGCUGCUUGGGGCGCAGGGCGCGGAUGACGACGUCAUGGAGGACCUGCUGCGGUUCAUUGGCAACCGGCCCGGGCAGUGCGGCAUAAUCUACGCUCGCCUCAGGUCCACCUGCGACUGGCUUGCGUCGGUCCUGUCUGGCUGUGACCUAGAUGUGGCCAAGUAUCAUGCCGGAAUGGACCCAGACCAGCGGCGCAAGGUGCUGCGGGACUGGACCGACGGUUCGGUGGACAUCGUGGUGGCCACGAUUGCGUUUGGCAUGGGCAUCGACCGGGCGGAUGUGCGCUGGGUCGUCCACUGGAACCUUCCCGGCUCAGUGGAAGGGUUCUACCAGGAGGCUGGGCGUGCAGGGCGCGACGGCCAGCCAAGCUUGAGCUUGGUGUAUGAGUCACAAGAGGACGCAGAAGCUGUGGCAAAGCUGGAGCGCGGAAACCGCCAGGGCGCUAUGGCCAGCGUGGUGGACCUCAUGGCCGCCCCCGGCUGCCGCCGCCGCCGCCUGCUGGCGCACUUUGCGGAGGCGCGCGGCGCCUGCGACGCGGCCUCGGAGCUGCUGUGCGACUUCUGCGCGGACCCGCAGGGAGUGCGGCGGCGCCUGGACGAGCGGGAGCGCCGCACGCACGCACGUGCGGCACGAGAGCGAGCGCGAGAGGCGCGGCGCGUGGCCGGCGGCGAGGAAAGCGGGAGCGACGGGGUUGAGGGCGAGGAGGGUGAGGGCAGUGGCGGGGGCGAUGGCUGGGGCUCAGCGGCGCGGCUGUGCACAGCCAGUGUGCCGCCGGGAGCAGCGGUGAGGCAGCAGCAGCAGCAGAAGCAGCAGCAGCAGCAGGAAGCUGGUGUUGUGCUGGGCGACGCUGAGGAGGAAGGAUGCUGCGCAAGGGAGCAGCAUCAGCAGCAACGCCGGCCGCAGCAGCAGCCAGACCUCGCACCCAGGCCUGCCCUCGCGCCCCUCGGCCGCGGCCGCUACGGCAACUCAGGCGCACGGCCGGGCACGGCCUUCAAGGCACCGACGAUGGUCCAGCCGCGCGCCACGGCAGCAGCCAGUCAUGCGAUUCUGCCGGCAGCCGCGGCGCCUGUAUCCCCUGGCCCGGCAGUGGCCGUUGCAGUGGGCCCAAACAAGAUUGGCUGGGAGGACCCUCAGGUGGGGCUUAUCGAGUCCAACACAACGCGAUCCGGGCUUGUGCAUGUGAGCACAGCGUCUGGGCGGGCGCCGGUGGUGGUGCCGCGCCUGUUGAAGCGCUUCAAAGGCAGCCAGGGCUGCGGGGUACGUCCUGGGAGCGCCGGCGGCUGCGGGGCUGCAGCGGGCGCUGAGGGCGCCACACGCACAGGGCCCGCGGCAGCGGCCAGGAUUGGCCAGGCGGCGGUGGCAACGGCUGUUGAGGCAGCGGUAGCGGCACAUUCCAAUCAGCAGCAGCAGCAGCAGCAGCAGGGUGAAGAAGGGCACAAUCACAACCAACAGCUUGAGAACAACCAGCAGCAGCAGCAGCAGGAGCAGCAGCAGCAGCAGCAGCAGCUUCCAGCCAUGCAACAAUUGCACACGCGAGUCCUGCACACGUGCAUGAGCACGCACGCUGCCGCCGCGCGACGCCCGUUCAAGCCGCCCUUGCGGCGGUGA